AAAUAAAAAGUUCAAACGAUUUGUUAAGAAAGUCACUUUAAUAUUAAGGAAAUAUCUUUCAAAAGAUAACAAGAUAAAAAGUAGGAGAAGAAACUCGGCUAAACGAUUUCUUUUUACCCAAUCCCAUCUCUCCUCCUGAACUCUUUAACACCAUUGAUUUCAAGCAGCGCGAAAAAGUGCGAAAAUCGGCCGCCGAAAUCCUUCUUUAGAAACACCUGUUGGCGAAAAUUAGCGAUGCGGGUAUUAAGACACGUUUAAUGUCAACGUUCCCCGCCGAUUGAACGACAUCGAGUUGAGCUUAGCGUAAAAUCCAUUCGAAUUUCGAAGAAGGAAAAAAAUAAAAAGAAUUUCAGUCUCGGGAAAGAGGGGGCUUGAAAAAAGAGGGGGAGGGUUGAAAAUCACUUUUCGGAGGCCCGAAACUUGUCACUGAAGAAAACCCCACUCGGAAAACUCUGGGCAUCUAAAUGGCUUGCCCGAAGCUCCCGAACUCCGCCUCAGUCGAAACUUGAUUGGUCGAGAGGUAGAGUCACGUGCUUCAUUUAACUCCCAUAUUUCUGUCAAGCUCGGUUGUGAUGAUUUACCGUCCGUUUAUUUUCUGAUUUAUCUCCUAGCAAGACAGCUAAUUUGGAAAAAGGCCUCUUUUACGGACUCCUUUUUGGAAAAGAGGUACAGAAUAAGCCCCUUUAUUUUUUUCUAGACAUAAAAGUGGAAAAGAAGUUAAACUGCUGUUCGGAGUAGUUGAUUAUGAAUUCGAAUGUCGUGUACGCCUCCGUCUGCCGUAACGGAGGGGACGCGACUGCUUAUGGGACGGCCGGUAAUGCUACGACGCAACAGCCGCUUUACAAUGGUGGCUCUACCGCAACAACAGCGAGUGGUGGAGAAACUAUUUCUGCCUAUUACUAUCAUCAACAAACUCCCGAAAGACUUAUACAACCUGCAGGACCUUCCUAUUUACCAACUACACUAAUGACCCCUUAUUCUAGCGCACCGGAACUCCGGACACCCCCUCUCCACCCUGAAGCAACAAAUGGUCAUCCGACCCCCCAUCAGAUUAUUAGUGAAAGUAAUGGACUCAGUUACACUAAUCUAGAUCAAUCCCACUUUCAUCAACAACAGCAGCAACAUCACCAAAGAAUAGGACCUUUUCAUCACCAUUCACCUUAUAGUGCCGAUGUACCACCCCGUAAUACAACCUACCACCAUCCCUACCGAAACCUGGACUACUCUUACGAAAUCGGGACUCAUCAACCUGCCGACCAAGUGGUCCCUAUAAGUCCCGAAGGAGCUCGGGUUGUCACGGGUUUUGUACCACCUACCACUUAUCCUUAUUUAGACUCUUUAAAUUUAUCAAGAAGGAAUGGUUAUGGUGGUUAUGAAAAUUAUGAUCCGGCUUUAAGAGAAAGUUGUCAAAUGAAUGGAGGAUACCAGUACCCUAUACACAGGACUCGAGUAACUACAGCUCAAGCAUCACCAGUACCCACAUAUAAGUGGAUGCAAGUAAAACGAAGUGUUCCCAAGCCUCCUGUCAAACCAGACUACAAUGGCUACAACUCAACUACUUCAAACAGCAAUGAUCCGAAUGGAGGACCAGGAACGGGACGAACGAAUUUCACGACGAAACAGUUGACAGAACUCGAAAAAGAAUUUCAUUUUAACAAAUACCUAACAAGAGCUAGGCGAAUUGAAAUUGCUACUGCUCUUCAUUUAAAUGAGACACAAGUUAAAAUUUGGUUUCAAAACAGACGAAUGAAACAAAAGAAACGAAUUAAAGAAGGCCAGAUUCCAGCUGAUCUCUCCAGUUCUGGAGGAGAAACCGGUUCCUCACCUCCAGUUUGUCCUAUUAAUUCUGGUACAGGAUCAGUUAGCUCACCUAGUAGUGUUGUUCCUUCAGUUUCUGCAAUAACUAGUGGGCCACUAACGUCUCCAGACAUCAAACCUGUGUCAUAGAAUGUUUAAUCUGUUAAAUCUCCAUUCAGUGCUCAAAAGUCCUAUUAAAAAGGAUCCUUUAUGUCCUUUAAAUCAGUGUUUGAUAAUAACUAUGGACACUGUACUUGACAGGCAUAGAAAUGACAAUUCUUUAAGUGAAUACAAUUGGUUGAUGUAUUUCGAAAAAUGAGGGAUAACAUUGAAAUGUGAUAACAUUUCAAGCUCAAAAUUGCUUGAAAUUUACUUUUGAAAUUCAAUUCUCGGUAUGUGUUGUUAAUUUAUUUUUGAUUACAUUGUUUUGAUAAUGCUCUAUUUGAAACUCUAUUAGACAAAAAUUUAUUUUACAGCUUCAGACUUUAAAUAGAAGUUUUAGCGAGUUUAUUUUCGCCUCAUUUUUUAAAAAGGUCAAUUCAUAAAUUCCUAUUAUCUUUUCAUAAACUUCAAAUUAAUAAACAAAUGUUAAAGGAAAAUAGAAUUUUUAACUUCAAUUUUACUUUUUUUUGUUGUUCUUUUUAAAAAAAUUCAGCUUUCUUCUUCAUAGAAAAAGUUUUCCACGCACUUAGUGCGUCAUUAUGAAAAUCUUAUAGUAUUAACUUAGUUUUUGAAAAAAAUUAAAACUUUAAAGACAAUGAAGCUUUAAAAUUGAAAGUUUAAAUUAGAUAUUCUAUACUUAAUUAAUUUCAUUUCUUUUUAGCAACAAGUUUUUACUUUUUUAAUACAACAGCUCCUGACUGUUCCGACUUUUCCGGAAUAUUUUUCUAAAUCAUUUAAAGUGGUAAUGAAGUAAAAUUUUCUCAAUUAAUUAGCACUUAACCUCUUCGAGACGGGCGAGUCAUAUAUGCAUUCUCAGGGUGGCUACAAUCAGGGUAAAAAAAUAAAACUGGUAGGCAAAGUGUUUCUAUAGCAGUUUAUUUGGGGAAGGAGAAAUAAUAAUUUGAUUUACUUAAUAUAUCAUUUCUUAAUUCGAAAUAACAAUUAUAUAGUUACACUUUGAACUAUCAUUAAUAAGAUAUGUUUGAAUUAAAGUAAAAGCAAAAACAAGACUGUUAAUUUAUAAAAAAAUAAGCCUGGUCCAAACUUAUGCUACCACUUUUUAUUUUUAAUUUUUUUCCAUUUUGAUUCUGGUUCCGUACGAAUACAUGUAUGACUCGCCCAUCUCGAAAAGGUUAAUCGCAUCAACUUAUUUCCAACAAGUCUUUUAUAUAUAUAUAAAUAACUUAUAAAUAACUUAUGCGUCAAAAUCAUUUUAAAUUUAAAAGUAAAUAUUGAAAUAUAAAUUUUGCUAUCAUUAGAAAAACUCUUAGAAAUAAAGCAGAAAAUUUAGUAUCUCUGAAUAAAAAUUUUCUUCAUUGAAAUCCAUUAAGGAGCUGAAUUUGCUGAAGAAAUAAGUGUACUGACAAUUUCACAAAUAAUGAAAUUCCCUCUAAUUACUUUAUUUCAUUUUACGUCACCUUUUCGUUUAUUUAAUUCGCACUUACAUUUAAAAUGAAUUGCUAUUUUAUUAUUUUAGACAUCUCUAACCUUAUGAGGAAAAGUGUGGAUAUGAAUGUUUUGCUUCCGUUAAACAAAAGUCUGAAAUAAAAUAAUUUUGCUACCAGCAAUUUAUUUUUGUAUGUAGGAGUUUAUAAUUGCGUCACUAAAGUAAUUAUCCACUGUUCCUAGUUUAAUUUCAAGAUGAAUGGGAAAAGGGCUGUAAGGCAUCAGACGCCCAGUUCCACUACAACGAACGAACAAACGAAAUAAUCCACUGCAGUGACAAAAAAAUUUACCCCGUGUACUCCAAAUCUAAAAUCCCUAGCUAAUAUUUCAGUACUAAAGGUGGUAGAUACGUUGAACGAAAAAACAUAUUUAUCUACUUCUAAUAAAAAAAAUAUAUAUAAAACUAUAACUUAACUAUUACAUUAUAUCCGAAAACUGCGUAAAUUUGCGCGAAUGUCUCAAAGCAGUGGAUAGUUAAAUGCUCUAAAUGUGCCAAGAAUUGCGCAGCACUUAUGCAAUUCACUUUGCCGUAAUUCUUUAGAGCUAACUUAAAUAAAUAAGCGUUUUUAUUGUUUAUUUUUUUAAAAAAUUUUUUUCACCUUCUAUAAUCAGAUCACCGAUUUUCAAUCUAAGUUUUUAAGUUUAGUUUUUAUUAUUUAUAUGCUGCAGAGGAAAAUAUUACAUAUCAGCUAACUUUUACGUUUAUCUGAAAAGCUAUUUUUUAAAAUUUUGGAAAAAUUACAUUUUGAUUAAUGGAGCUUUUUA